CAAAAAUUGUUUAUUGCCAGGUCACAACUCUUUUAUAUGUCAGCUCAAGGGUGGUUGUCGCACAUGCAAGAUAUUUGAUCCAUUGGGCUUAUUGAGUCCCUGUGUAAUUAUAGCAAAGAUUUUACUUCAGCGAUUGUGGAAUGCAAAGUUAGGUUGGGACGAUCCAGUUCCUGAUUCUUUCACAAAAAACUGGUGUAAACUUAUAAGUGAAUUUCCAAUUUUAUUUACCAUUCAAAUUCCAAGACAUGUUUUAUGUGAUUCACCUAUAGUAAUUGAACUGCAUUGUUUUGUUGAUGCAUCUGAGCAAGCCUACUCUGCUUGUGUUUAUUUGCGCUCUGAAAGUGUUGAUGAUAACAUUUUGAUAAGGCUGUUGUGUGCUAAAGCCCGAGUUGCACCAAUUAAACCACUGACUAUUCCACGACUCGAGUUGUGUGGAGCAUUGUUAGGUGCGCGAUUGUCCACAAAAGUUUUGCAAGCUUUAAGAUGUAACAUUAAUCGCAAGUAUCUUUGGACUGACUCUACAGUUGUGUUAGGUUGGUUGAAAGCACAAACUAGUGACCUAAAAACCUUUGUGUGCAAUCGUGUCAAUGAGAUUAAUGAGUUGGCAUCGGAUUUUACUUUCAAUCAUGUACCUACCCAUGAAAACCCUGCUGACAUGGCGUCCAGGGGCGUAGAUCCAAAAUCAUUGCAAACUUCUCCUCUUUGGUGGGAAGGGCCUACAUUUCUCAAAUCUAAGUCGUGCGAAUGGCCUAAGCAAUCACACAACAAAAUUCCAAGUAAUUUGCCAGAAUUAAAGAAUAAAGUACCUAAGUCUCUCCAAUGUCUGGUAGGGACUCAAACUGGUUUUGACAAUUUUAUACAAUUUGAAAAGUAUUCAAGUUACAUGCAUUUGAAAAGAACCUAUGCCUAUUUGUUGCGUUUUGUAAACAAUUGUAAUAAAAGUAACCCUAAAUUGACUGGCCCAUUAGAGGUCGAAGAAUUGAACAAAUCUUUACUACUUUUAGUCAAACAAAGUCAAGCACAGUCUUUUUCUACUGAAAUUAAUGAUAUUUUAAGUAACAAACCUUUGCAUCAUAAUUCAAAACUGCUCUCACUCGCUCCUUUUAUUGAUUCUAAUGGCAUUUUGAGGGUGGGAGGCAGAAUGGUAAGUUCAAAUUUUGAUUAUGACAAGAAGCACCCCAUGAUCCUAGACGCCAAGCACCACUUAGCUAAAUUAAUAUUAACUCACGAACAUGUUCGCCUAUUCCAUGCUGGUGCUCAAUCUCUUUUGGCAUCAAUAAGAGAACAAUUCUGGCCUAUAGGUGGCAGGUGUCUGGCACGCAGUAUUACUAAGCGAUGCUUAAUUUGUACUAGAUUUCGAGGUAAAACAUUGCAACCUAUAAUGGGUAGUUUACCCACUGAAAGGACUAUUGCUACAUUCCCAUUCUACUCGUGUGGUGUUGACAUGGCUGGACCCUUCUUAAUUUCAAGUAAAAAGGGCAGAGGAAGUCGAACCUCAAAAUGUUACCUAUGUUUGUUUAUUUGUCUGUCAUCAAAAGCGUUACAUCUUGAACUUGUUAGCGACAUGAGCACAGAAGCAUUCAUCCUAUCGUUGAGAAGGUUUAUUUCUAGACGGGGAAAACCUGGUAUAAUCUAUUGUGAUAAUGGGAGCAAUUUUAAAGGCGCUAACAAUGAAUUAGGUAAACUUCUAAGGUCCAGUCGUAAGUCUGUAUCCCAUUUUGCCAAUGACGAAGGCAUUAAAUUUGUCUUCAGUCCCGCAUAUUCUCCUCAUUUUGGGGGAAUAUGGGAGGCUGGAGUCAAAUCGGCUAAACACCACCUUAAGCGCGUUGCUGGCAAUGCUUCUCUGACGUUUGAGGAGUUAGCAACGCUAUUCACACAGAUCGAGGCUAUACUGAAUUCCCGUCCCCUUACUCCACUGUCCUCCGAUCCUACUGACCCGUCUCCUUUGACUCCUGGGCACUUCCUAAUCGGGCGACCUCUCACAAGCAUACCGAGCCUACCCAUCACCGCUAAGAACCCAACCCGAUAUCUGCGCAUCGAGCAAUUGCGACAACACUUCUGGGACCGAUGGCGCCGGGAGUUCAUAGCGGAAUUGCAACUUAGAACCAAAUGGAAGAGGCGGCAGCAAGACCUACAUGUCGGAGACCUCGUGAUUCUAAAGGAAGAAAACUUACCUCCACUUCACUGGCGAUUGGCACGGAUCAGUCGUCUUUAUCCUGGACCUGAUGGCAUCAGCAGAGUUGCAGACGUUCUCACCAACAAAGGCACGAUCAGGAGAGCCAUAAACAAGAUGUGCAUAAUACCUGCAAUCCAAGAAGAAACCAAGGAAGGAGUUCCAAUCACAUCAUCGUAGUCUGUACCUUGAGCGUCAGCUGAGCCAAUGAUGUCUGCAUCAGGAAUCCUGCAAUCAAGUUGAAAGCGGCACCUGCUUUCAACGCCCCCGAAGAUGUUCGCGCAGUGCGCUUACAACCUUUUUCACCCCACGCCGGACGUCACUAUCGCCAAUGCCUCCAAACAGGAAGUAAAGAACAUCACUAGCGCGUCGUCCGGCCAUCUUUAUCUUUGGAUCGAAUCCUCGAGCGCGUAGCUCGUAUUUUUCUACAUUUUACCAUUGUAAACGCAGCACAUAUGAAGAUUAAACUAAUCCUUAUGUAAAAAAGGACUCUUAUUUGAAAUCCU